GGGGGGAAGGGUGUCUAUUACCAGAAGCCUCCAGGGAGACACAGCCCAGGGCCAUGAGUGCAUUCUGUACCAAUUUGGUUUGGAUCUGUAAGCUAGAUUACUACCCACCCAGCUAAGCUAAGGAGGCCCAGGAACUAUACAGAUCCCUGGAACCUGUCCCUAGCCAGUGGCGAUAGGCUGGAACUGGCAAACAGUGGUGUCCUAUGAGUAAAUUCACUGUGUGAGAGAGCCACAGAUUCCGAGGGGAGCAGGGCUGAAGAGGCCUAGCCUACGGGGCUGGUGAAGGGAGGGCGACUGUUGAGCUCGGGUGCACGUCAGGGUUGCAGGAUUCCAGUCAGGAGCCCUCUCUGUGGGCGGAGACCAGCACACUCAAAGUCUGCUGAAGAAGUCUGCUCAGGAGCUGGGAACACACUUCACUUGGGCCAAUCAGCCCAGAGCGAACGCAGCUGCAGACGCGCUUCCGCGUUGAUCAUCAGAGGACAGGGAUGGUCUUGGAGCUUGUGGCCAUGGAGCUAAAGGUAUGGGUGGAUGGCAUCCAGCGGGUGGUCUGUGGCGUCUCAGAACAGACCACCUGCCAAGAAGUGGUCAUUGCGCUAGCUCAAGCUAUAGGCCAGACAGGUCGAUUUGUCCUUGUGCAGCGUCUUAGGGAGAAGGAACGACAGCUGCUGCCACAGGAAUGUCCAGUGGGAGCCCAGGCCACCUGUGGACAGUUUGCCAAUGAUGUCCAGUUUGUCCUGAGGCGGACAGGUCCCAGCCUGUCUGGGAGGCCCUCCUCAGACAACUGUCCACCCCCAGAACGAUGUCCAGUUCGUGCCAGCCUUCCCCCAAAGCCAUCGGCAAUACCAGGCCGUGAGCCACGCAAAGCACUGACCUUCAACCUUGGAUGUCCCAAGCUGGUCCCCAGCCUACCUAUCCCUGAGUCUACAGCCCUGGUAGGACCCAUACCAGACUACUUUGCAAAACUGCAGGGCCUAGAACUCAGGAUACAGAGGAAUACUGAGGAGUUGGGCCAUGAGGCCUUCUGGGAACAAGAGCUGCAACGAGAACAAGCCAGGGAGCGUGAGGGACAGGCACGCCUGCAAGCACUCAGUGAAGCUACUGCCGAGCACACUGCCCGGCUGGAGGCCCUGGAUGCCCAGGCUCGUGCCCUGGAGGCAGAGCUACGACUGGCUGCUGAGGCCCCUGGUCCUCCUUCAGCUACAGCAUCUGCUGCUGAGCGCCUACGCCAGGACCUAGCCAUCCAAGAGCGGCAUAGUCUGGAGAUGCAGGGCACCUUGGCCUUGGUGAGCCAGGCUCUGGAGGAUGCUGAGCACGCUCUGCAGGCCCAGGCUCAGGAGCUGGAGGAGCUGAACAGGGAACUCCGUCAGUGCAAUCUGCAACAGUUCAUCCAGCAGACAGGGGCUGCAUUGACACCGCCUCCACAGCUGGAUAAAACCAACCCGAGCACACAGGACCUUCUGCCUCCAAAUAGAGAAGACCUCCUCCAAGGAGUCCCCCAGAGCCACAUCCUAGUGUCCAGCCUGAAUCCUGAGGUUCCCCCCAUGAGGCAGAGCUCCUGGAGGUAGCAGUUCCUGUACAAGUAGGGAUCCUGAAGACAGAUGAGCCAGCACAGCUGGGAUGAGCCACCUGGAUAGUAGGAGAGUGUGAUCACAGGAUUCUUUCCCUAAAGCUAUGAUGUCCUGCAGUUUCUGCUUCAGGGGGUUGGAGUGCUGGCAACUGUUAAUCCUAGUCUCUUUCAAAUCUCCCAAGUCCCCUGAAGAAGUAAUAAAUGGGUACAGUUCAGAACUUAGCAGGCCCCAAAGGCAUGGAGAGAAGUGUGGACAGUGUAUUCAUCCUGUGUGUGUGCCUGCUAUGUACUCCAGUGUAUGUGUGCUGCCUUCCUUGCCCUGACAACCUCAAUAAAUUACCUUUCAAAGGUGCUUAAAUGU